AAUUCAAGAUGAAACAUCCUAAAAGAAUUGGAAGGAUUUUGACAUCAAGCACAGGAGCAGGUAGAAACUUGGAUCUGCAAGAAGGACACUUUGAACUUUCUGCACUCAAUCCAGAAGAUCAAUGCCAAGAUGAUGACACCUAUGCAGAGAUAAGGUUUUCUCAAAUUGACGGUGCAUGUGCAGCAUCAUGCAUGGACACAAUUUCCAAAAAUACAAAAUGUUGUAAGAUCUCUGAAAAAUCAAAUCAUAAGAGAAAUACGAAUUUGCACGAAAAAUCUUCAUUUGAAACCGAAUAUGAUCAAAUCAAUCUGAAAAUGAAGUCGAGUUUUUCACCGUCGUUACAUAAUGAGAGAAAAGUUAUAACAGUCAAAGAUAAAAAAUUGGAUGUUCUAUCAUCGCAAAAAGAAGUUGACGUUCAUGAUGAAAGUUGUACAUCUCUGACAUUACCUCCAAGUUUGAAGAGAUUUCGAACAAGAGAGAACGAACAAUUGAAGCCACAUUUAUCCAGUUUACACCACACUGUAUCUGAAAACGAAUUUUAUAAUGGGAAAGAAAGAGAAAGAAAGUGCAUAGAGGAGAACUCUGCAGAAUUAAAUCAAGCCAAAUAUAUGGCUGCAUCUGGUCCCAACGUAAAGAAAGAUGAAGAUCGACCGUACAGUGUUGUUCAUUUGUCGUCAUAUAAGGAUUUGAAUUCCAAAGAAAGUGUGAAGCCCGGCAUAGGAUUCCAUAGCAAUGCUAAACCAGAAGAAAACGUUUUAAAGCCAGAAUUAAAUCAAGCCGAACAUAUUGCUGCAUCUGAUCCCAACGUAAAGGAAGGAGAAGAUCGACCGUACAGUGUAGUUCAUUUGUCGUCAUAUCAUAAUUUGAAUUCCAAAGAAAGAGUGAAGCCAGGUACAAGAUUUCCUAGCAAUGCUAAGCCAGAAGAAAAAGUUUUAAGGCAAGAAAUAGGUGGUGUCAAACAUAUGGCGGCACCUGAUCCCAACGAAAAGGUAGAAGAUCGACCGUACAGUGUUGUUCAUUUGUCAUAUGAUGAUGUGAAUUCCAAAGGAAAAGUGAAGCUGGGCAAAAAAAUUUCUGGCAAUGCUAAACACGAAGAAAAAGAAUUAUCAAACAAGAUCUGA